AGCUUGGGAAGUGACGUCCCAAAGCAUUUGCUGUUCUAGAAAGAACAGAGACACGUAGUGUAAAUGGGAGGACCUAAGAGGCGGCUAUGUUUCUACCAGUGUGUAUAUUUAUCUAUAAAUGAGCAGCAGGAGUGGGCGAAUGAAAUCAGGAAAGCUGCCUACUCACUGCCGGAGGGUUAGCUGCUUUCUGGUUUGUGGUAACUUUUAAAAUAUCGCACUUGGCUGUCUUUAUUUGGAAUCACUGCUUUGCUGAGACUUUGGUCGCUGUUUUCUCUUUCCAAGGGAACUUUAAAUUCAUUUCAAGGCAUUCGGAAUGGGGAAAGACUAUUAUUCAAUUUUGGGAAUUGAAAAAGGAGCAUCUGAUGAAGAUAUUAAGAAAGCAUACAGAAAGCAAGCCCUUAAAUUUCAUCCCGACAAGAACAAAUCUCCUCAUGCCGAGGAAAAAUUUAAAGAGAUAGCGGAAGCCUAUGAAGUGUUGAGUGACCCUAAAAAAAGAGAAAUUUAUGAUCAGUUUGGAGAGGAAGGGCUGAAAGGAGGAGCUGGUGGCUCUGAUGGACAAGGAGGCACUUUCCGAUAUUCCUUCCAUGGUGAUCCUCAUGCCACAUUUGCAGCUUUUUUUGGAGGUGCCAAUCCAUUUGAGAUUUUCUUUGGUAGAAGAAUGCCUACGGGUAGAGAUAAUGAAGACAUGGAAGUAGAUGGGGACCCUUUUGGCUCCUUUCCUGGUUUCAGUAUGAAUGGAUUUCCACGGGAAAGAAAUUCAGUGGGUCAGCCCCGCUGCAAGCAAGACCCUCCAGUUAUCCAUGAACUCAAAGUAUCACUUGAAGAAAUUUAUACCGGUUGUACCAAACGGAUGAAGAUUUCCCGAAAAAGGCUGAAUCCUGAUGGAAGAAGUGUGAGAACGGAGGACAAGAUUCUCACCAUCGAGAUCAAGAAAGGGUGGAAGGAAGGCACCAAAAUCACGUUUCCGAGGGAAGGAGAUGAAACACCUAAUACCAUCCCAGCAGACAUUGUUUUUAUCAUUAAAGAUAAAGCUCAUACACAAUUCAAGAGGGAUGGGUCAAAUAUUAUCUAUGCUGUGCAGAUCAGUUUGCGGGAGGCUUUGUGUGGCUGCUCCAUCAAUGUGCCAACAAUAGAAGGAAGAAACAUACCUAUGACAAUAAAUGAAGUGGUGAAACCAGGAAUGAGAAGAAGAAUUAUAGGUUAUGGGUUGCCGUUUCCAAAAAACCCCGACCAACGUGGUGACCUCAUUAUUGAAUUUGAGGUGAAUUUUCCAGAUAGUAUACCUCCAGCAUCAAAAGAAGUACUAAAGAGACACCUUCCUGUCUCAUAGACUGAAAAACUUUCUUAGCAAUGUUUUAGCAAGGCACUGAAAAUACAGAAGACUGACAAGUCCUGAUGUGGAAAUGAAAUUUGUUCUAAGCUGUGUAAAGUUUUUGAAGGGUUUAGUAUUACUGCAUGACUAUAGAAAGAUCAAAUAAAUGAGCAAAGGGGACUUGUGCCAUUAAAAAAUGAAGAGUAAACCAUUCACUGUAUUUCAUUUCUUCCUGAACAGAAAUUUCAUCCAGCAUUUUGCUUACAUGUAAAAUGUAGUUGUUUUGCCAAGUGAUUGUAUAUAUUGCUAAUAAAGUACUCGACUAUCCAAGUACUUCUUAUGUCUCUGGAUUAGCAAUAUAAGAUGUUGCCAUUGAUAUUGAAAGUCAGAGUUCAUAGCAGAAAUGUACCUGUGUUAUGUAUCUUAAGAGACUAAAGAAUAAACCAUGUAGAAAUACAGUAACUAAAUUUAAAUCUGCUUCUAUAACACCGCUAUAGGGCUGGUACCCUAGUAAUUGCCUGGCAGAUAUAUUUCCAUUGCUUUGGUUUUAAAUCGUGCUAUGGCGCUUUAUUAAUAACAAACAGUAAUAACAUUCUUAAGGUAAGUUUUGUUUUUUUUCUUUAUAAGAAGAAAAUGUGAAUCUGGUUUAAUGCCACUCUUUCACCUGUGGGACUCUUAGUUGCCUGAAUUACUAGGUCUUUUAGAAAUAUCAGGCUAUUUAAAAUAAUUCUAUGUUUGGUUUUAUAUGUGAAAAUGGAUUCCUAUAUAUAGGACUUACUAAAUGAUAGCCUCAUUUGACAGAACAUUAAAUAAUAACACUUUUCAACAAAGGUGUUCUUAGAAGAUGCUAUUAUAUGGAGUCCAUUUUCUAAUCACAUAAUCUUUCUUAUUAUGUAUCCAUCACAUAAUGUAUGUCUUCUUAUGUAGUUCCAAAAGGAAAAUGAACAGUAACUGCUAUUGUAUUUCAACCAAAAUACAGGAAAGGAGAAAAACUAACUGCUGCUUAUGGAUAUUGUUCUGCUAUAUAUUGUUUAUUCAUUUAAAAUAUUUUGUUUCCCUAUUUACAUUGUUGUAUUAUGUGUUUUUAAUUAAAAAUAUAAAAUUGUUUUUAA